UAAUCUUUCUAGGAAAAUCUGUUUCACGAAUCACCUGGGGAACAGAGAAUAAUACUAUUCAGGCUAAUGACUCGUGGAACUUGAUCCACGAGGAAAUGGACUUUAUACGAGGACAAAUGCUGCCCUCACAAGGCAUCUUCCCUAUUGGCCGACACAGGUGGUAUAUUGAAAGUGACAGGUGUGGCAGCAACAAUUUGACCCUCUCUUUCAGCAUCUGUCAGCUGGGCGAGUUCACAUGUGAUGAUGGGACCUGCAUACCAUUGGACUACCGCUGUAACUUAAAUAUUGACUGUGAGGAUCAGAGUGACGAGGCCGAUUGUGAGGUGGUGGUUAUUUCGGAGAAUUACAACCAGUUACUGCCACCACCUGGACCACAAUCCGGGCGCCCAAUGUUGGUAGACAUUGAUGUUAACAUUGAGUUCAUCAAGAAGUUGGAUGUAAUGAGCUUCAUGCUGGAACAAGAUCUGCAAGUACAUCUCCUCUGGCAUGAUUCAAGACUAAAGUUUCGCCAAUUACGACAAGAUCCAGCUCUUAAUGCAGCAGACGAAGGAAUGAUAUGGACGCCAGAGAUAGAGAUGCGGGGAGAAAUGAACAGCUACACUCAUGUCAUUACCCACACCAGAGAGACAGUGGUUCUCAGGGAAACAUCCCCAUUACCUGACAACACAGCCAUUGCUAAGGAAGACUUGCUUUAUGAAGGGUGGAGCAAUCGGUUGAGGAGCAAGCAUCGCCUCACUGUGACCUCGGCUUGCCAUAUGGACCUCACUUAUUAUCCAUUUGACUCUCAGCACUGCUCACUCACCCUACUCCUCGAUAAGUGUAGCCUUCAUGAUGUAUUUAUAAAUAACACAACCGUCAUAUUCACCGGAAUGAAGCUUCUACUGGAAUAUAACGUGGAAGACGUCACGUUGAAGAGAUUUCCGAUUGAAUCUCAGAGUUGUGUCCAGAUUAAUAUAAUUUUUACAAACCUCAAUGGAUACUUCAUCAGCAACACCUACAUCCCAACCUUCUUACUAGUCAUCAUCUCGUAUAUAACGUUUUUCUUUGACAUGGAAGACUUCACUAACCGCAUAAUGGUGGCACUGACAAGUCUCCUAGUGCUGGCCUCCCUCUUUGCACAGACCAGCAUUGCCAUUCCAAGGACCGCUUAUCUUAAACUCAUUGAUGUGUGGUUUGUCUUUUGUAUCUGCAUGGACUUCUUCAUGGUGGUGAUGCUGGUGGUGACUGAUGUGUUACUUCGAAGAGAAAGACUUGGCCAAGAUUUGAAAAUCUCAUACAAAACAGCUCAUGUAUUUCCAGUACAAUGUGUUGGAGAACUAAGCCAGAGGAAGAAAACAAGACCCUCAACUGCACUCGUCAUCCACAAAAUAACUGUGAUGGUUAUCCCACUAAUGAUCUUAAUCUUUGUCAUCAUUUACAUAGGAAUAAUCCUUUAUGCUUGAUUGGCAAUGAGAAUGCUUUGGUUUUCAGUGUCAUACCUUUAGUAGUGCAUGCAUAUUAACCUUCAGUAAAUAUUAAUGGUACCUUUACUUUACUUAACAGGAAAAUGUACCAAAGUAAUGCUCACUACAGGUGCAUUCAGCUGGCACCUCCACAACUAGUAUCCAUAUACUGUAUACACAGAGAAGUCAAUAAAUAGAUUUUUUUUCAUCUGCAGAAUACAUACCCACUUGUAUACGGUAUACCCACUUGUAUAGUGUACCACAAUAUAUAACAAUAGCACCUUUCACAGAGAUUACAAGGAAAUAUUUGCAAACUACAUGUA